AUGAGUCCUGCCAGUGCAAGGGAUCCGCCAUAUCAUGCCAGGACUACAGACGACUCCGGGACCAAUUACGCCUGGACAAUCAUGUGGGACUUCGACUGUACUGCCGAUGGUAACACUCAGAGCCUUGCACUGCCGUUGGGUGAGGGCAAGGCGAACUGCAUCGAUAUUAUGAGAUGGAACUACGACAAUUGCACGGGUAACGGCGGUGUAGGCGGCCGAACGAAGGUUGGCUGUCUCAUGUACGACUUCACAGGCGGUAGAGGAUAA